AUGGCUAACCCACUGUCGUCGUCCGUUUUGGACGAACUCAACACGGCAGAAGCCAAGGCCCUGCACGAGAUUACGCAUAAACUCAGCUCAUGCGGCGUGGGCAAGAUUGUGAACCUACCACAAAUCAUCGUUGUCGGCGAGCAGUCUGCCGGCAAGUCCUCGGUCCUCGAAGCCAUCUCGCGCGUGCGCUUCCCAGUCCACAACGACAUAUGCACGAGGUUCGCCACGGAGCUCGUGCUCCGACAAGCGCGACAGACGCGAGUGGACGUCAGUGUCCGAUUCGACGACAAGUCCAAGGCCCCAAAGGCAUUCCAGAAGACGGGGUUCAACGAGGAUGACCUACCCGGCAUCAUCAAGGAGGCUAAAGCCUGCAUGGGCAUCGCCGCCACCGGCAAGGACUUCUCUAGAGACGUUCUGCGCCUGGAGAUUGAGGGCCCCAACAUGUAUCCGCUCACGCUGGUGGAUCUCCCGGGCAUUUUCCAUGUUUCGACAGACCAGCAAUCUGAGCCGGGCCGGGAAACCGUCAACAGAAUCGUCGAGAGCUACAUGCAGAAGAAGAACAGCAUUAUUCUGGUCGUCAUACCAGCAAGCAACCAGCUCGCCAACAACUAUGCCCUAAAAGUGGUCAUGCAAGUCGAUCCAAAACGGAAGCGCACCCUAGGCGUCAUCACUAAGCCUGAUUGCACCCGGCCGGGAAGCUCAGACGAGCGCAAAUACAUCCAGCUGGCGAAGAACCAGGAGACUACCCACAAACUCAAACUUGGAUGGCACGUGCUGCGAAACCGGUCAGAAGACGAGGAGAACCUGGACGACAGGGACGCGCUCGAGGAAUCCUUCUUCGAGGAGACAGCCUGGCGCUCGCUCUACGCCGAAGAUCGUGGAAUUGUGAGCCUUCGCAAGAAGUUGAGCAAGGUCCUGUAUAAGCACAUCCGGGAGAACAUCCACGGCGUCAUCGACGACAUUGAGGGCAAACUGAGGGAGAGGCAGACGGAGUUGGGUCGGCUUGGAAGGCCGAGGUCUAAGCCAGAGGAGAUGAGAUCUUUUCUCCUAACGAUCGCGGGGGAGUUCCAGAGGCUUGCGCGCGAUGGCAUCCACGGACAGUACAGCGACCGUUUCUUCGGAGACCUGGACACCACGGAGAACAAGUUUCGCGCUCUGCUGAGGAACUUCAACCGCGCCUUCGACUACGUACUCGCCACCAAGGGAUCCACGCUGACCAUCUCUCCGCCCGACGGCGCAGAGCUACCGCCCACCAAGCCACCAGCGUUCCUCACAGAGUUCCUCGAAGCAUACCCCUACGAAUUCCCGGACCCCACGCCCAUCAGCAGACAAGUCCUCAACGAGCAGCUCCAGCGGCAAGCCGCGUCCAACCAGGGGCGAGAAUUCCCCGGGCUGCCCAACCGAGAGCUCGUCACGCAGCUGUUCCAGAAGCAGGCGCUUCCGUGGGGAGCCAUUGCGCAGUUCCACAUCAAGCAGGUCACGCUCGUGGCCAAGGCGUUUGUGGACCAGCUCUUCCGGCAUGUUCUCGGUCCGCCCGACGCGAGCGCCACCACGGAGGCGAUUCUGCGCAUCUGCGUUGACAGAUUCUUCGCGGAGAAGGAAAGGACGCUGCAGAGCAAGAUGGAAGAGCUGCUGCGCCCGUACACGCGGGGGUACGCAAUGCCUCUGGAUUCUGACUUUCACCGCACGAGGUUGGAGAGAUCGAGAAGGCAAGUCACCGUGGCGGCAUCUAAAUUGAUCAACGCCCAACCGGAAGAUGUCUUCACCCCGUGGAAGGAAAAAGCCCGAGAAGCUGUCUCAAAUCUCGUCAUGGAUGAAGAAAGCCCCUUUGGGUCUGAGUUUGGAACAGAGGUCGUUAUUGACAUGAUGGAGACGUACUACGAAGUAAGCAUUUGCCACGCAAUGUCGUUGCGCACCUUCACCGACAACAUUGUCAACCUGGCCAUAGAAGGGUGUCUAGUCUGCGACAUACCUGACAUUUUGACGCCGACAAAGGUGGAUGGGAUGACCAACGAGGAGCUGGAGGAACUGGCGGCCGAGACGGACGACGCGCAGUCGCGCAGGGACCAUCUCCAGGCUGAGAUUGAGAUUCUCCGCGAGGUGAUUCAUUCAGCGCGACCAGCCGUCGCUGCGCCAGCGGUUCAAGUCAGUGCCUUCACAGAUACGUCAAGGGCAGCUUCUCGCAGUACAUCAUCGACCCCAGCACGAGUCCGCACCCCGCGUUCGCCAUCAAGGGCUGUGAGCCCUGCACCGUCGGGGGGGCUUUCACCAGCGGCGGCGACGGGUCGAGCUCCAAGUGCCAGUGCCAAUUCACCGUGCAGGACCGCAAGUCCUACGCCUUCUGGAGGACUUGCAACAACAAUAACUGGAGGGUCGUCUGAGCAUAAGAAGUUGAUUUCGCCGGGUGACCUUUGGUUGUCGUACAAUGCCCUUGACGGCAAUUUAUUCAGCUUCGACUCAAAGGAUAAGCAGCCAUCAUACUCUUUGGGUCCGUUCGGGAGCACAGGGGCGUCUUCGUCCAAUGGCAGUUCAGUCACCCGGGCAGGCCAGCCAGCAUCGCCACUCAACCUAUUCCCAACUACGCCCGCAGUUUCUUCGGACAACGCGAAGGAGUCGUCCUCCCAAACGUCGACAUCAGCUUCAACCACAGCGGCAACUUCUCAGGCUAAGAAGUCAGCCUCAUCGAGCGGCUCUUCUGGAGGCAGCACAGUUACUCCAGGAGCGUCAACUUCGUCGCUAUCCGAGGGGAAAAGACCCGCUUCAUCAUCUGCAACACCUGGUGCUGCAAAUUCUGCAAAGGCAGCGUCACUGUUUCCCAACCCUACACCUAGCAACACAUGGUCCAAAGGUAAGGCUAAUUCUAUCUCAACACAAGGCGUAUCGCUCCGCGAGCGGCUCGCUGACCCUUCGCAACAGCACAUCGAUCGCCACUUCGAGAGGACAGAUAAAGUGGGGAGCGGUUACUUGGCAUCCGACGAGACGUUCAAACACAUUUGCACUGUCGAAGGCUACUCAUGCUAUUCACCAGAGGAAAUGAGAUUGGAGAGGUACAAGGGUUUAUGGAAGGAAUCAACGUUGGAUUAG